AUGGAGACCGUCGAGAGUUUGGUGCCCCCUCGUGAUGUCGCAGACAGUGAUCAGGAAUGGGAAAAGCCCGACGAUGAAGUGGCUUUGGCCCGUGCUACCUUGGCACACAAUGUCCAUGCCCAUGAGGAUGAGACGGCCAACUCAGCAUUGGCCUCCUUCACGGCAUUGGAGGUGGAUGACACCAGCAUGGACUUGCGGCUUCAGGAAAUGGAAGCUGCCAUGAAACGGCUGUUGGCCAAGGGCAGUGAGAUGGUGGCGGUCAAGGAAGACAGCCCUCUGUCCAAGGAUAUGGACACCACGGGAUCGGAGGUGCCAACCACAGGUGACUUUGUCCCUGAGGGCGGUGCUACUGAUGAUCCCAUGGACAGGCCGGAGGUGCCAACCACAGGUGACUUUGUCCCUGAGGGCGGUGACACGGUGGACAAGGACGAUGCCAACAAGCCCAGGCCCUACUCGGCUCUGCCCGCCGGCACCCUGGAGGAGAAGGUCUUCCGCAUUGAGGGCUUCCCGGAAAACUUCCCCGGCAUCGGCAAGAAGAGUGCAGACUGGGCCCAGCAAUUGACAAAGGAGGAGAUCGCCUCCUUGUUCUCCGAGCUCAAGUCGGAGCAGUGGAAUCGCCCGGCUGUGGAACGAGUCCUUGAGGUUUACCAAAUCUACAAGCGACAGCUGGCACAAGAGAAGAUGCUGGCCGCCCCCUACAACCGUGCUCGCAGAGGGGUGGGGCACAGCAGCAUGGGUCAGCUUGACCCGGGCAGCACGGGGGCUACCCUCAUGUGCCCCAACUGCUUUACGGAUUGGCAGUGGCAGUACAACAAGGUUGAGGGGAAGUGCAAGCUCUGCCAGAAGUCUGUCAUCGCAGUGGACAAGGGCCCGCCCUCGGCAGAGAUCAAGCUGGGCCAGUCCUCCUGGCGAACGUUUUGUGGCCCGCGAGGUGUCACAUGGCACACGGAUGCAGACGAGCCCCAAGAAGGAAGCCGCCUCCGUGGACAUUGGCUCUUGGGCCCAGCCGCCGCCCAGGUGCCUAUGGCCCUGAGGCUUAGCUUGGCUCACACGGUGGCAACACAGCCUUUCGACGAGGUGCAGUUUGCCAACAAGGAGGCGGGGGACAGACCCCACCUCAGGGACGACUGGCAGCCAAGCCAGGAGACAAGGCUUUCCAUCCCCAGCUGGCGGCGGCGAUGGACAUCACCACCGGUGGACAAGCAGCCCAAGAAGCCCACGGAGGAGGAGUUCCUGGAUCACAUCAACCCCCAGCUGGAUGUGAUCGUGGAGAUGCAGGCGGGCGCACAGAGUGUCGAGGAGGCAAAGGGUGCGUCAAUCCUCCGGCAGCUGGAUACAGAGAAGCUCCGCUCCCUUCUUAAGCGAAAUUACCUCCAGGGCCCUGGGAAUCAGGGAGACGAGUUUGUCGCUGCGCAGACUAGCCUGGAGGAGGCCAAGGCCUCGAACAAGCGCAUGCAGGAUGAGGGAUCCCAGCGCUCCCAGCUCCUCCGGCCGGAUAUGGAGCUUGACGACAUCGAGGCCCUUAAGGAAAGGUACUUGAACACGAAGUUCCUGCUAAACCAGAGCAGGAAUCCGUUCCCUGCCUCCCUUCUGCAAGAGCUUCCCACUCUGGCCGCUCUGCAGCGUGAGGGCGAGCGGGUCGCCCGGGACUCCGGCGAGGGGCUGUCUGGCCCUGAGGAGCAGUCCCCGGAGGCAGUCUUGGGUGUUCCAGUGGGCUCGGUCGAGUUCCAGAUGCUUCGCCUCAAACGUAUCAGCGAAAUCGGCUCCUUUUUCGCUGCCAAGGUCUUCAUCAACCGUACUCCUCAGGUGGUCUUGGACCUCCCUGUUUCGGACAUCCACGACUCCAAGCAGCACAUGCGAUUGAGAGCCGUAUGUGACGAAAGGAUCACCCUUCCUUUGAGGGCCUUCCGGGACUUCCCGGAGAUCUACAACUCGCUCUCCAACUCGCUGGGGCAAGAGUCGGUGGUGGAGGUCAAGAUGGCGUGGCGCUGCAACACUGUGCAGUGGUGGACAGCCCGCCUCAAGCCGGAGUACGCUGGCCCCAUCUACCGCAAGCUUGGCUACUCGGAGAGCCACAUCAGAGGCCUCAACCUGGGGGAAAGGGACACCUCAGCUGCCUUUGGCGCUGAAAGGAUUCCCCUCGACCCCGGGUCGGAGCAGGAGCGCUCCCUCCCGGCCAUCACCCCGGACAACGUCACGAGUGUGGCCUCGGACGACUACAAGAAGAAGAACGUGGGGGACAAGACGGCCCACGUGUUCUGGGCCAAGAUGGAGUGUGGCCUUGUCCUCAGCUCGGUCUCUCCGUGGGAGAUUGUGGACAAGAAGAAGGGCGAGACCCGUGGGGGCUACGUUUGGAAGUCCGCGCAGCUCCAGCUCAUCCUGGACGAGCCCCCCCAACACCUCUACGAGUCCUGGAUCAAGGACCGGAUCGAGUUGUACAAGAGGGUGGAGCCCACGGCGGCCCCCCGUGAUCGCUCCCUCCGUGUCAACCCGAGCCUCAGCUCCAGGCUCCGGUUCAGCAAGACGAACCUCAUGGGCCAGGUCUCCGACAUGAUCUGGUCGGUGGUGCUCUCCAACCCGGAGCGGGAUGGCCUCAAGAAGAUCCACGAGCUUGCGGCAUCCCUGGUCCGCCCGGCCUGA